AUGUGCCUGGAGGAGCGCGUUUUUUAUCGCCUGCUUUCUGGCAUGCACGCGUCCAUCAGUCUGCACCUGGCCCACCGCUGGUACAAUGCCACUGCCGACGCUUAUCUGCCCAACGCCACGGAAUUCCUGCGCCGCUUUGCGCCCGAGCACACGGCGGGUGAGGGUCCGGCACGAUUGCGCAAUCUCUACUUCACCUACAGUACCGUGCUACGCGCCAUUGUCAAGGCCCAGACCAUGUGGGAGAGCUAUCCCUUGUUCGGCGAAGCCCGCGAUCGAGAUGGCAUGUCAACCCGCGCUGCCGUGAUGCAGCUGGUGCAGACAGCACAGACUUGCGAUCGCACCUUUGAUGAGCACGCCCUAUUUCAAGACCCCGAGUCGGCAGCGCUGGCGGACGAGCUCCGCGCACACCUGCGCCACGUCUCGCGCCUCAUGGACUGUGUUGGGUGUCGCAAGUGCCGUUUGUGGGGCAAGCUACAAGUCCGGGGCCUGGCUACAGCGCUCAAAAUCCUCUUCACCCCUUUUGACGACCUGCACCCCGACACUCCCCUCGUCCUGGCGCGCAAUGAUGUAGUGGCCCUCUUCAACCUCUGGGAGCGUCUGGCCUCCUCCAUCUCUCGCGAGCUGGAGCAGGUACGAUAA